CGCAACACCUCAGCCGGAAGUUACGUCUGAACCACAUCAGCUUAGAACCGCGUUGGAUGUCCGGUUGAUACAGAGAUGAGCGGGGAGAACGUGAAGCUGUUUGUAGGGAACCUUCCUUUAGACGCGACUCAAGAUGAACUAAACAAGCUCUUCGGUCCUUAUGGGGAGAUCGAAACCUGUUCGUUGCUCAGACAGUAUGCGUUCGUGACCCUGAAGGGGGAGGGCGCAGCCGACAGGGCCAUCCGGCAUCUAGACGGCAAAGAGUACAGAGGCAGGCCCCUGGUUGUGGAAGAGUCACGUGCGCGCCCGCCCAACUCUAUUAAAGUGUUUGUUGGGAACAUCAGUGCGACGUGUUCAGCAGACGAUCUGCACGGGCUUUUCUCAACCUUCGGAAGAGUUUUAGACUGCGAUAAAGUCAAAGCAAGAUUAUGCUCAAAUGUUGGGUAUGCAUUUGUGCAUAUGGAGAGGAAGGAGGAGGCCCUAGCAGCUAUUGACGCACUCAAUGGGACCAUGUUCAAGGGCCGUCAGCUGGCUGUAGAGCUUUCCAAAGCGCAACCGUUGAUCAAUCAGAUUGCUGGGGCUGAUUCAGCUUCAGGCGGCAGAGAGGGUCUUCUUCCUCGUCCUACUUCGUCACUUGAGCAUCAUCAGAGUCAAGCAGCCGUGCUAGCUGCAGCAGCAGCCGCAGCCGCUGGCCUGCCCAUACAAGUUCAACAAAGUGUCCAUAACUCAUUUUACAACACAACAACAUUUGACCCCACCUACGCUGCUCUCAAAGGCCUCACAAGUUCUAAGGGCGCAGAUGGAGUCAUUUACGGCGCUCUUGCCAGCCAAGUGUAUGGCGCUGUUGCCGAUCAGGUCUACCAAGAACUGGCCAAUCACAAUCCCGCCACUGAAGAGGCAGAGCAACCUGUCGUGCCAGAUCCAACAACACUUUUCGAAGCAGCAAGAGCCAAGUUCUUUCAGGAAGGACAGAAGGUUCUGGCAGAGCAGCAGGCAGGAAGGAAAGCGGCAGCAGCCGCCGCAGCUGCAGCGGCGGCGUCAUCCGAUAACGAACGCGACCGCAGUCCAAUAAGAGGAAACAGGGCCCCUCUUCUUCCCGACCCCGUCCCGGGCUCCUUUGCUCAGAUACGCCCCAAGCGACGCACCCUGCUGCCUACCCCACCUGGAGUCUCUGAAGACGCAGCUCCCGUCUCCACAACGUCUGAAGGGGCGGAUCCUGUUGCUAGGUCGUACUCAGAAUACUACCAGCAAAUGCACCAGUACCAGCAGUAUCAACAGUACCAGCAACAGUAUCAGUACCUCCAGUACGCCUACACCAAUCCUCCGCCGCCGCCACCCCCUCCGCCGGCCAGCGGACAGACCCAAGCCCCCACCACAGCCCCCGCGCCGCCAGGGACCUACACGGCGCCGCCCACGUACGCCGCCGCAGCGGACGCCUACGCGGCCCCGGGAACGUACGGCGCCUCGGGAGGCUACGAGGCGUCGUCGGGCGCCUACGACUCUUCGUCUGGGAAUUACAAUGCUUCUUCAGGAAGCUACGACGCCUCAGCAGGAUAUGACACAUCUGGAGGCUACGGGGCGUCGGGAGCAUAUGAUUCAUCCGGAGCUUACCCAGCCACGGGAAACUACUCCACAUCCACACCGUAUGAGCAGACACCCGCACACGGGCAACCCACGCCCCAGCGUCACGAUUACCCUUACCACACGCCAGAACCCCCUUAUCGAUAGUCCCCACCACCCCCCCCACACACACACCAUACACGUCGCCGAUGUGUGUGCUCACGUAUAUCUAUUUACACGAGGGACAGUUUAAAAAUAAAUUCAAGCAGGAGGCCGGGUUGGGUUGGAAUGGCGCUCUGAGUUCUAGAGCGCCAUUCGUCCGCCUUGGCCGAAUGUUUUUUCUUUCCCCACCCCCCAUUUUUUGACGAGUUAGCGAGGUCUUAAGACACGUGGCGGUAAUUUGGCACCUCGAACCGGGAUGUUCUUUAGCUUUCAAAGUUUCUUUUUAGAUGUUGUAGUGGCAGAACUGGUUCCUUUAUUGAAUGUUGGUUCCUAAAUGUUGCCUGGGGCAAGGUUAGCACCGGAGGCAAAGUUGACCGUCUUUAGUUUUCCGCUGGAUCACGUCCCCUUCUACACCACAGACGUGUUCUGCUGGUGUUACUUUGUGAUUUCUUUAGGAGAUCCAGUAUGUUGCAGAGGUGGAGCAAUGUCCUCUGUUCCUAUGUCCAACAAUAUAUUAGAGUGACUGUCAAUAAAGCGACAUAACGUUUUCUCCGAUCACCUGUCUAAAACUGUACAAAAACAUAUUUCUAACCCAUGUUAAAGAUUAAUUGUCAGGAAUUCAGAAUACAGUUUUAGCGUUUGUGAAACCGAUGGGUGUCCUUACCCCACAGACCGUUUCUGAGUUUGUAACAGACCUCAGGUUAACUGAGCUGCAGUGAUCCUGUUCCUAUUAAUCUUGUUUAUUUGGAUGAUGAUUGCUGCAAUUAAUAGUCGUGAAUUGACGUUCAGCCUGAGGUUGUUGGAAUCACAGUUUUUUUUUUGUUUUUUUUUACAUGUUCGGUGAUGAGCAGCUCAGUUUGUGAAAAAAUAAAGAUUUUCUUCCAAUUUAUUAAAUCAUCAUCUAAAAACAAAUCUUUUUUCAGUUAAAUAGAAAUAAAAUGGUUAGGGGGAAAAUGCUUCCUUAUUUUUCCUUCAAUUUCUGUGGGUUUCAUAACUCCUAGCUCUAUCAAAUCCCCUCUAGGACAAUAUUUCUCCUAUGAAUUGUGCUCCUUAGGAAAAAAA